AUGGCUGGGGUGACCUUUCAGAAAUCUUUAUUCUUGCUUGUGUAUUAUUCAACAGAGAUAAUAUGUACAGCACCCGAGAUUGAAAAUGGUGAUGUGCUUGGACAAAUCCAAGAGUACAUAGAAAAUCAAGUCCUGGAGUUUCAGUGUAAACCCUCAUUUAGACGCGCUGAAGCCAGAUCUUCAAAAUGCACAGAGCAAGGAGUAAGAGCAGAAUGGAGCCCCACACCUCUGUGUGAACCAAUAACAUGUAAACUACAACUGCCAGGGCUGAAAGGAACCAGCUAUGAACCUGCUUCUAGAAACACGUUUCUACCUGGUGACCAAGUGACAGUAAAUUGUGAAGACAAGUACUGGAUUUUUGGGUAUCAACCGACCUCAGUCGUAACUACAUGCAAAGAGGACGGAGAGUGGACUAUCAGACCUCUAUGCCAAGAGGUUACGUGCAGCAAACAAGGAGUCCCACAUGUGUCUUCAUGGGACAGUCGUUGGCAGCAAACAUUCAAAUCGGGUGAGACGACACGUUACGGGUGUGAGACAGGCUACAGGAGGAAAGAUGGCGCCAGCAGGGCCACAUGCACCCGAGAUGGAUGGCAACCAAAUCCACUUUGUGAAGAGAUAAUAUGUACAGCACCCGAGAUUGAAAAUGGUGAUGUGCUUGGACAAAUCCAAGAGUACAAAGAAAAUCAAGUCCUGGAGUUUCAGUGUAAACCCUCAUUUAGACGCGCUGAAGCCAGAUCUUCAAAAUGCACAGAGCAAGGAGUAAGAGCAGAAUGGAGCCCCACACCUCUGUGUGAACCAAUAACAUGUAAACUACAACUGCCAGGGCUGAAAGGAACCAGCUAUGAACCUGCUUAUAGAAACACGUUUCUACCUGGUGACGAAGUGACAGUAAAUUGUGGAGACAAGUACUGGAUUUCUAGGCAUCAACAGGCCUCAGUAGUAACUACAUGCAAAGAGGACGGAGAGUGGACUAUAAGACCUCUAUGCCAAGAGGUUACGUGCAGCACACAAGGAGUCCCACAUGUGUCUUCAUGGGACAGUCGUCGGCAGCAAACAUUCAAAUCGGGUGAGACGACACGUUACGGGUGUGAGACAGGCUACAGGAGGAAAGAUGGCGCCAGCAGGGCCACAUGCACCCGAGAUGGAUGGCAACCAAAUCCACUUUGUGAAGAGAUAAUAUGUACAGCACCCGAGAUUGAAAAUGGUGAUGUGCUUGGACAAAUCCAAGAGUACAUAGAAAAUCAAGUCCUGGAGUUUCAGUGUAAACCCUCAUUUAGACGCGCUGAAGCCAGAUCUUCAAAAUGCACAAAGCAAGGAGUAAGAGCAGAAUGGAGCCCCACACCUCUGUGUGAAUCAAUAACAUGUAAACUACAACUGCCAGGGCUGAAAGGAACCAGCUAUGAACCUGCUUAUAGAAACACGUUUCUACCUGGUGACCAAGUGACAGUAACUUGUGAAGACAAGUACUGGAUUUCUAGGCAUCAACCGACCUCAGUCGUAACUACAUGCAAAGAGGGCGGAGAGUGGACUAUCAGACCUCUAUGCCAAGAAAGUCACUGCAAGAAACCUCACAUCGACGGUGCAAACUUUAUCGGCGUUGUAAGGGAAAGUUACAGCCUAAAUGAUCGCAUCCGAUAUGCAUGCAAGAACAACGUUGAAAUAAUUGUUACUAUUACCUGUGAAGAAAAUGGUUGGAAUGGGAUUCAGAGCUGUUCAGAAGUUCUAGGUUGUGGCACAGCACCAAUCAUUGCCGAUGGAGACCUCAAGUACACCAGGAAAAGUAAUAACAGCCAUAAUGAUAUGGUUGAAUACAUGUGCCAGGCAUACUACACCAUGGAGGGAGAGCCUUACAAAACCUGCGUCAAUGGUGUAUGGACUGGACACACGAGAUGCAUCCAACCCUGUACCGUGAAUGAAGACGACAAUAAACAACAUAAUAUUACCGUUAAAUAUAAUGGCAGUACAUAUUUCACUCAUGAUGAAAUAAUUGAGUUUAGGUGUGCCAGAGGAAUACCUGUUGGUUCAGUAUCAUUACUUCAGAGGUGUAAUAGUGGUGUUAUUGUCUUGCCUACUUGCCAAGAGUUUUAGUCAACAGUAGAUCAAAGUAAAAAACUGAUUAUGCAGAGUUAUGAACUGAUUCCGUCUCCUCUUUGAUGUUGUCAACUGUAUAAAUGUUAAUAAAGCAUACAUGACACA